UUGCAUGAAAAUUGAAGGUGAUUGGUAAGCAGCGUGUAGUUUCCAUUACACUUGUAUGCUUUUAUCAGCCCUCCACCCCAUCACCCCUUUCUCUCUCAUUCUUUGAACAGUAGCCAUCUCUAAUUUCUUUUGCUUGAAAUUGUGCCGACAUGGCUCCUAACAAAUGGGGUUUCUCAGCCUCUCUCUUCAACUAACAAAUUACUCCUCAACCUGCUCUGAAUUAAAUAUUGAUACUUUUCUGGGAUCACUUUGAGAGUUUAGAAUGGCCAUGCAAACUCUGCAUGUGAAAGAACAUGAUGGGAUUGUUCAUAAUCCCAUGGGGCAGUUGGCACCAGUACCGUCACAGCCUUGGUGGAGUGCGCUUGGAUCUCAGUCAUCCAUUUAUGGAGAAUCUUGUGGGCAAUUGAAGAAUUUGUUGAUGGAACAUCCCUCUAAUGGAGAUCAUCUCACUUGUACUAAACAAGCUGGGAGAGUCACUGAACAAGGACUGAACAAAGGGAAUCCUGCUCACUUCACUAUAUUCCCUGGUGAUGGCAAAUGUUCAGGGGAUGGACAAAAAUCUCCGACCGUCAUAUCUCUGCAAUCAGUUCCAUCAGAACAGCAUUCUCGCUUUGAACUAGGAUGUGGUCAGCCGCCCAUGGUCUGUGCAAAAUAUCCUUACAUGGAUCAAUGCUAUGGAGUUUUCUCAACUUAUGGACCUCCAGUUUCGGGUCGUGUUAUGCUGCCAUUAAACAUAGCAUCAGAGGAUGGACCGAUAUAUGUAAAUGCCAAGCAGUACAAUGGAAUCCUUAGGCGUCGGCAAUCUCGUGCAAAGGCUGUUCUAGAGAAUAAACUCACUAAAGCUCGAAAGCCAUAUAUGCAUUACUCUCGCCAUCUGCACGCUAUGCGUCGGCCGAGGGGAUGUGGUGGCCGUUUCUUGAAUACGAAAACCGGAAAAGAUGAAAAGGAGACGAAGAAAUAUGUUGAAGGAAAAGAUCUUCACAUAACAGGUUCACAAAACUCUGAAGUCCUGCAAUCCGACAGUGGAACCUUGAACUCAUCCAAGGAAGCCAUUGGAGGUGGCUUAACACUUUCAGGUUCAGAAGUGACUAGCAUGUACUCCAGGGAAGAACUUGAGCAUAAUUUCCCAAUCAAUCAUCUUGGACUGUCGUUUCAUUCAUUCCCAGUGAUGAUGGAAAAUGGGAGUGGCUCAGUCAUGCCCAACAGGUGGGUUGCACCAGCAGAUCACUGUUUGCAACCUAUACCAAGGGAUUAGAGGGUUUGGGUUGAACCAAACCCACUUUUCUAUGCAGCAACCGAAUCGAUCUGCAACAGGUUUUGGUUGCUAGGCAAAUCAUUCUUGGCUCAUCUUAGUUAAAGCUCUUCUUUACCUUGGAGUGGUGUGGAAGAUGCUGAAAACCUUAAUAUAAGUAAAUGUUGGAUCAGACUGAUCCAAUACAAACUCUGAAACUUAUUUGCUUGUAAUCCUAAAUAUGUAGCUUGUUGUGUUCUUGAAAUUGUGCUAUGUCCAAUUCUCCAUGUAUGUUAUCCUUGUGAAAUAAUGAACUAAUGUAUUAUAAAA